AUGUUUUGGUUGCGAGGCGGAACUGAAUCGCCGUUUCGCAAACUUCUUCGUAGGUCUGCCGAUGCGUUGACGGGUGAAUUGUCAUCCGGUGAAGUUUACUAUUCUGAAGAGGCCACAUGUGACGAGGACCUCGGUCGCUCAGCCCUGACGGAUGACGAGCCUCGCAGGCAAGACCGUGUCACUCUUCGGGUAAGAUCAAAUGCAUACAAACUUGGGUGCCAUGUCCGUAAAAGUAAACAGCCAGAGUCGACGGAGAAAGGCGACAAGUGCCUUAUUUUUCGUAUCCGCUCUUCACUUCAGCCCUUCAUCAAACGUGACCCCAGAACGUGGUUCAAGGUUGCGCUAGUACAUACGAAAAGGACUUAUUCGUCGCCACAUUUUCUCUGUAUCGUCCAGUUUUUUUUACUUCAGCUCAAGACUUUCGGAGGUGACGAAAUGGAGGGUGUACUCGUCCAGAGUCCCAGGGGCGGUUUGGGCCGACUGAUGCGUGUUAAAUACAAACCCCAGAGGCCAACGGGUCUCAGCCUAUCCCGUCAGCAAAUAGCGCAAACAUACACCCGAAUGCACCAGCACACAUGGCAACCAUGUUCAAGAACGGGCUCAUACCAUCGGCACGGGUCAACAGGGCAGAGAGCAAAGAACACUUUCAUGUCGAGUUGUUGCGUCAACUGUGAACCUCACCGGCCGACACGUGUCUUCUCGGCUACGGCCUCAAACGCCAAUGCUUGCACUCGCCUCUUAGGGCAUGUGUGA